AUGACCUCCAUUCGAAAGAUAUCAUUGACUCCUUUGGCCGUCACAGCGACUGGUUUGGUCUCACCUCCUAACCCGCAGUCAUCCUGUGGCGAUUAUAGCUCACAGCCUCGUUACUCCAACAAUAUAGGAUCCUGCGAUAUUAAUUGUCGACCUGCUCUAUCGCAAAUCUCCCCUGCACAUGUUCCAGAAUACAGGAAUGUAUUAUCUGAUUUUCAAUUUCUAACUGCUCAGCUCGCUGAGGACAGCUUCAAUACUGUCACGAUGGAGUAUUCGGGCCCGAGAUCUCUUCCACCCAACAAGUUGCAGAUAGGCCCGUACGAGGAAACAUACCGCUAUGGAGGCCAUGAGGAGAUCAAGGGUCCCCCCUCUGCGCAUUCUGUCCCAUACAGCCGUAUCAACAUGAAGGAGCGCGAACCAGUCGAUGACACCACCAUCGCUGCCACUACAGCCUCUCCGCGACCGUGUGUCUUUCCCAGAAUAUUUUCCCUCCAGCAAGACCUCCCAAUUCCACCUGCGGCAACAGCGCAGUCGGCCGUCUCGUACCCGACCCCGCGCAUUCCUUGUUUUUGGGUAGGAUGCAUGAUCUUGCUUGACGACGUAUCAGUUCCGGGAAUGAAACGGCACCUUGCAGCCUUCCACGCGGACGAGGCUGUCCCAGAACCUAUUACACCCAUCGGAGUAUGCAAAUGGACUGUCGACAAAGACGGCCAAGUAUGCGGCAAGACGCUUCAUCGUACGGGCCUUGGGAAACACAUCGCGUCAGUCCACCUAAAGAGCACUGUCGAGUGGUGCCCUCGGUGCCAUACGCAGUUCUCCCGGCGUGAUUGUGUCAUUCGCCAUCUCAAGAACUCGUGUGGUCAUGCAUAA